CGAGCGCAAGUUCCUUCCAGGUUUUCCGGGUUCUCGUUGGCCGCCCGUUCUUGUUCGCGUUUGCCUCUGUCGCGCGGGUUUUUCAUACAUUUGUACACCUCCUUUUCUACUCUGCUUUUACCAUUAGAACGGCCGGCUGCGAAUGACCACGGAGAACGAGUUCACCUAGGCGACAAGGUUCGAACCUAACCUCAAAAGAAAUGUCAUUCCUCCUGAGGUCUGCAGAAAUAGACUUUUUGAAUAAUAAGGAUCGGGACGAGUUGCUGCUUUCCGAGAACGAUGACGAGGAUGACUUUAAUUUCAAGUAUGUACCUGCGAAUCAGUUUAGGGGUAUCGUAAAAGCUGUAAGAAGGCGCCGGGCGAAGCUGGACGAAGAGCGAACUUGGGCAUCUUUUGUCGAACGACGGGAACUCGAAGAGGCGAAUAGAAACGAGUUGGAUCAUUUGACGCAAGGUAUGAAGGACCUUUUAACGGAUAGUAUCGAGGAAGCUGACAGGGAACUGAAAAGAUUAGAGGAAGAUGCCCUUCCAGAGAGAAGUAAGAGAGCUUAUGGUGCGACGUAUUCAAGCGGAAAGAAACGAUCUCGGGAACAAACGGAGAAACUGGCUGCCACCCAAAAGCAUCAGGUAGUGCCAUCGACGAGAGACAACGGUACCGGGAGCACAAACAUUCUGCUCUCAAUACCCGAAGAGGAGAACGUUCAGCCCAGCUAUGAGAAGUUGCAAGAUUCGAAACAGGGAAUUAAGACCAACGGCCGCAUAUCGUCCUCGGAUCACAGGAUAACGCAACAAAGAUCCAACUUUGGAAGAAGUCGAAGAGCAACGAUCGACCCGGAGUACAACUCUAGUCCGGAGCUGAGUCCGGAACGGGUGGACAUAAACUCGGAUUCCAAAUUCAUCGGACCAGACCCUGGGGUAGGGCACAGGAUCCUGACCAUUCAAAGGAGGAUCUCCGAAAUCCUAGACGAGAUCUCCUUCAGGCUGAACCGGAUCCCUCUGCCGGAUGGCGAGGGAGAUCUGCGCAGGAGACAGCGAGGAGUGACCGAAUUCGCGAUUAGGUUCUCCAGGAAUUAUCUGUACGACCUCGGUCGACAGCUUGCAGAUAUUCGUCGUCAUGUGAGAGCGGUUUCACCGAAUGCUAGGAUAAAACCAACCAGGAGGGUCGUCUCUCUGCACACCCAAGCCAUCGAGCAGAAGCUGAUCGCUGCCCAUCAGCUCUCACUUAACGCGCUCAAGGCCUAUUGUAGGCACAUACCCAGCUGCGUCCUGCAGGGCUAUCCCGGGAAGCUCAAGGAAAUCCUACAAAUUGUAAUAGACCUGAAGGAGAUCUGUAACAAGGUUCAUCUCGGCGACGACCACUUCGGGUCCGGAGAUGCUGACGUUCAUCCCCUGGGCAAAGACACCCACUGCAGGUGCUCGGCUAUCCUGUCGAAAUUGCGACCCAGCUCGGACAACGAGUCCCAGGCGACGAGCCAGACGACCCGGUCGACCGCGGUAUCCGGCACGCCGACGACGAGCAAUGGAGGCCGAGGAAUGGCCGAACCAGCGAAUCGCUUCAGCAUGUACGCUUCGGAGAACCGAGUGCCAAAGAAUCGCCGCCCCAGGAGACCUAACACUUGUCCCCGCCGGGAUAGGAUGCGCGGCUCCACCAAGAUCGUUUCGAACAGUCGCAUCCCCUUGGAACGACUUCCUUGUCCCAACCCCAGUUCCACGAACCUGAGGUCGUCCAAGGAAGGAACUCGCGCGAAGAUCCAGGUCCCCGUAAAGGAAGACGACAUCGGCACCGUAAUGGACUCGGUGCCUAUGAACUCCGCGGGAAGCAGCGAUGAUCAGUCCAGGGAUUCGAUGAACCUGGUCCCGAAAAGUAGGAAUCUCGGCACGCAAAACCGCACGUUGGUGUCCAAGGAACCUGGAUUGACGCUCUGCAAGGAAACGAAGGUUUACAAAAAGGACGCGGUUGCUUGUGGGCGACAUCUGGGCGAGAAGGCGGCAACGAUGACGAGGAAACAACUGUCCGACUUGGUGCCGGUUAUCGCAGAUCUAAUGUCUCUCGUAACGCACGAGGAAAACGACCUCGAGAUCAGGCCUGUGUCCUCGGCAUCGAUGAAAACCAUCAUGGAGUUCUUGAAAGAAUACAAGGCACCGAGGAAUCCCGUCAGACUAAUUUCUUCCGAGGACGACCCAGGCUCUACCUACCGGAAGUCGUGCGGGAUUCGGAGCGGCUCGAAGAACGUUCAGCUGAUCUGUCUCUCGGCGAAUGAAACUGCCGAGGAAGCUCCGAAGUUCAGCGACGCCUCCUGCCAAGCCGACUCGGAAAGGGUCGCAAGAGAUGAGGAGUCGUCUUCGCAUGUGUCCAGGGAAAGUGGCGCAACCGAGCUGACAGUUUCAGAAGAGGUGAGCGCAUGCGCAUUGGAGUACCGGCGCAACUACCAGCAAUCGUGUAGUUCGAGCCCGAUGUAUUCCAGCAACACACAGAACAAGCCCUGGGACGUUGUGGCCUGGAUUGCCGACAAGCUGGUGAGCGACCUGACGUCGGAGGUCUCGAAAGAGCUGCAGAUAGACGACGUGAUCAGGAGGAUGUUCGAGCUGGAGUUCGAGGAGUUCUAGCGGGGAAGAGCAGAUGAAGCGAAAUUCAGAGGGCAGCAACUGCACUAUUGAUACGCUUUGUAAAUAAAGGGUUGUCGUCUGAUCGAAAACUCGAGCACGAGCUCGUCGACAAGCUGGCGAGUGUCCCGAUGUUGGAGGUGCAGAUUGUAGAAGUUCCGUUUUUCAUUUUGGAUUUCGGCCUAAUAAUCGAUCCUAAUUAUCCUAAUCCAUUAACAUGAGUUUUCGUAGAGUCAACACCGUGAAGUAGUAUAAGGGGACAUAACGCCAACGAUCGGUUCCACAGAAAGUGGAACCACUCCAAAAUCGGGACCAGGAUCUCAGAUUUUCGCUGAUCUAACGACGCGAGCGCUACUUGCGGAGAAUAAGGAAACUCCGAUCCUAUUUGACCAAAACAUUUCCUACCAACGUAAAUUACCAAUCUUUUAAUCUUGCAAUUAAGUUCCCGAUGUCGGAGGUGUCAAAAGAACACACAGAUUGUAGAAGUUCCGUUUUUCAUUUUGGAAUCUGGCCUAAUAAUCGAUCCUAAUUAUCCUAAUCCAUUAACAUGAGUUUUUGUAGAGUCAGCACCAUGAAGUAGUAUAAGAGGACAACGCCAACGAUGGGUUCCACAGAAAGUGGAACCACUCCAAAAUCGGGACCAGGAUCUCAGAUUUUCGCUGAUC